AUGGAACUCAACCGAGAACAUUUUCGCGCCAAGAUUUAUUACAACUUUCAGAGUCAAUUAUCGCAACAAGAAUGCCUUGCUGAGUUACUGUCUGUUUUCGGCAACGAAGCGCCACAUCAGUCGACAAUUUCCCGUUGGUAUAGAGAAUUCAAACGUGGACGGGUGAGUCUUAGCGACGAUUCCAGGGUGGGUGCACCAAAAACGGCAGUCACCCAGGAAGACGUCGAUGCUGUGCGCAAACUCAUCAUUGAACAUAGGCAUGUGACAUAUCGCGAGCUUGAGGCGUCCUUGAAGAUCUCAAAGACCUCAAUUCAAAAAAUUUUACAUAGAGAAUUAGGAGUAAGAAAAUUAGUGUCUCGUUGGAUACCCCACCUUGGUGAUGAAUUGUGGAUUUACUGUUAUGAACCAGAAAAUAAACGACAGUGGGCUGUUUGGGUGUUCCAAGGUGAAGAAAUGCCAACAAAAGUCAUCCGUUCUCGAAGUGUUUCGAAAAAGAUGGUCGCGACAUUUGUGUCAAAAGCGGGUCAUAUUGUUAGUGGUGAUGAAUUGUGGAUUUACUGUGAAGAAAAGCCAACAAAAGUAAUCCGUUCUCGAAGUGUUUCGCAAAAGAUGGUCGCGACAUUUGUGUCAAAAGCGGGUCAUAUUGCAACAAUUCCUCUUAAUCAGCAAAGAACUGUUACUGCGGAUUGGUAUACCACCAUUUGUUUGCCAAAAGUCAUCACCGAGCUGCGAAAAAUCAACCCCGAAAGAAGAAUCGUCCUCCACCAAGACAAUGCAAGCUCGCACACAGCCCAAAAAACAAGGCAGUAUUUAACGGAAGAAAACGUGGAAUUAUUGGACCGUCCUCCAUAUAGUCCCGAUCUAAGUCCUAACGAUUUCUUUACUUUAACGAAAAUUAAAAACAGACUGCGUGGUCAAAGGUUCCAGUCACCAGAAGAAGCAGUUGACGCAUUCAAAAAUGCCUGGAAUAAGUGCUUCGAAAAUUGGUUCGAGCGCAUGCAGAUGUCUAUUAAUCUUCGUGGAGAAUACUUCGAAAAAUAA